AUGUUAUCAGCAUUGUCAUCAAAUAAUGACAACAAUGAUUCAAAUAUCAUUGAUUUAUUAUACCGUUUAUGUAAAGAAAAUGAAAUAGAAAAAGUUCAAAAUAUUUUACCAUUUAUUGGAAAUAUAAAUAUCGUAAAUAAAAUUCAAAGUUCAACUGGUUCAACUUGUUUGCAUGUAGCAUGUUAUUAUGGACAUCGGGAUAUGGUUAAAAUUUUAUUAGAAUAUGGCGCUCUACAUUCCAUACGAAAUUUACGACAUAAUCUAACACCUUAUGAAGAAGCUUAUACGAAUGAUAUAAAAGAAUUAUUUGUCGAACAACGAAAAUCAUUUUCAAAUAAUAAUGAUUAUGAUUAUAUUGAAUGGUCAAUGGUAGGAGAUGAUCUCCUUGGAAAACGACGUGAAUUCCGCCAAGCUAUUGAUUUAUACAAAACUUAUGAUAAUCAUCAUUUAGUAUCAAAAUUAUUAGCUGAAGUUAUUCAUUAUUAUCUAAAUGAAUAUCUGAUAAAUGAAAGUAAUGAUACUAGCAAUUCGAAAGAUAAAAUUACUCGUGAACAAAUUGCAACUAUUGAAGCAUAUUUUAAAGAAGCCAUAGAAAAACAAGAUUAUUUAACAUAUUUUAUCAAAGCUUAUACAUUAACAAAUUUUUUUUAUAAAGUGUUAAAUAAAGAUUUAGCUUUGUAUAUAUUAGAAUAUUUCGAUCAAACAAAAACUUUUUCAUCAAAUUAUCGUCUUGUAAAUUGUCUUGUUCAUCUUGUUACAUUGUUAAUUUAUCAUCCAAAUUUUUCUCAAUAUCAAUAUCAAGGUAUAUGUUAUCGUGGUAUGAGAAUAACACAAAAUGAUUUAGAUCAAUAUCAAUUAAAUCAUCACAUUUUAAAUCGUGCAUUUUUAUCAACAUCUAUGGAUCGUCAAGUAGCUGAAAUGUUUGCUGGUGAAGGUCAACAAUCUCAAAUGAGAUAUACUCCUAAAAAUCAUUGUGCUUUGCAAUAUUCAUGUUUAUGUCAAUAUUUCAUAAAACAAAACUCAACAGCUAUUAAUAUACAAAGUUUAUCAACGAAACCCGAUGAAAAAGAAAUUUUAAUUAUUCCAUUUACUGUUUUUAAAGUAACGGCAAUUAAACGAAAUUAUCUUGAUGAUCCAACAGCAUCGAUAUCAAUUGAAAUUGAUUUAGAAGAAUGUGAAGAUCCAAAUGAUCAUCAAAAUGAAUUAGAAAAUGACAAAAUGUCGAGAUCAUCAUCAUUGUCAUCAUCUGAUGAUGAUAUUAAAGACACUGAAGAUUAUGUAAAAUUUAAACAGCGAAAAUAUCUUUUUUAUGUCAUCAUUGGACUUUUGGUAUUAGGCAUUUUUUUAGGUUUAACUUUUACAUUCAUUUUUACUCUUGGUAUUAAAAAACCUGCAACGAAACUGGAAACAGAUGAUAUUAUCGAGUAUCAAUUACCAUCAGGCUGCCCCAAUAUAUUAAAUCGAUCCAGCUGGAAUGCACGCCCUUAUAACAAGCGUGAUCGUUUAACAACAUUACCGGUUACACAUAUUGUUAUAAGACAAGUAGAAGAUUUGAAACCGAUUAUUGAUCAACGAGAUUGUAUUAAAGAAAUAAGAGACCUUCAAGAUUUUCAAAUGGAUAAACGAGGUUGGGAUGACAUUGGCUAUAGUUUUCUUAUAUGUAAUGAUAAUGACGACCAACAAUACAUUUAUAGAGGUCGAGGAUGGAGAUAUGUCGGUGCACAUUGCAUUGGUUAUAAUUCCAAAUCAUUGGGUAAACUUAAAUUCCAUUUUUGA